CGCCGCAGUGGCUGCCGGGAUGCGCCGCAGCGAAUGGUCGCGCGGGGCGCCGCUCUGAGUGACCUUUCACCCGCGCCCAGCGGCCUCGGGCGGCGGCACAAGGCGGAAGCCAUGGCGGAGGCGGCGGCGGCGGGCGAGGCGGGCGCGAGCGAGCGGGACCGGGAUGCGGGCCGCGCGCGCCGGCGGCUGCGGGUUCUGUCGGGCCAUUUGCUGGGCCGGCCCCAGGAGGCUCCGAGUACCAAUGAGUGCAAAGCGCGGAGAGCCGCGUCGGCGGCCGGGGCGUCGCCCGCCGCUACUCCCGCCGCGCCGGAGUCGGGCACCAUCCCCAAGAAGCGACAAGAAGUUUUGAAAUGGAAUGGAUGGGGCUAUAAUGAUUCCAAGUUCCUCUUCAAUAAGAAGGGCCAGGUUGAACUGACUGGGAAAAGGUACCCUCUUAGUGGCUUGGCUUUACCAACUUUGAAAGACUGGAUCCAAAACACCCUUGGAGUAAGUCUGGAGCAUAAAACUACCUCUAAAGCAUCCUUAAAUCCUAGUGAAGCACCUCCUUCUAUUGUCAAUGAAGAUUUCCUUCAGGAACUUAAAGAAACUAGUAUUUCCUACUCACAGGAAGCAGAUGAUCGAGUGUUCAGAGCCCACGGUCAUUGUCUUCAUGAGAUAUUUUUGCUCAGGGAAGGGAUGUUGGAGCGGAUUCCUGAUAUAGUUGUUUGGCCAACGUGUCAUGAUGAAGUAGUUAAGAUUGUGAACCUAGCAUGCAAAUACAACCUUUGUAUCAUACCAAUUGGUGGAGGAACAAGUGUGUCAUAUGGCUUGAUGUGUCCUGCAGAUGAGACAAGAACAAUAAUUUCUCUGGACACUUCACAAAUGAACCGGAUUCUCUGGGUUGAUGAGAACAAUCUGACAGCUCACGUAGAGGCUGGGAUAACAGGACAAGAGUUGGAAAGACAGCUUAAAGAAAGUGGUUAUUGUACAGGUCAUGAACCAGACUCCCUGGAAUUCAGCACUGUGGGAGGAUGGAUAUCCACCCGAGCAUCAGGCAUGAAGAAGAAUAUCUAUGGCAAUAUUGAGGACCUGGUGGUUCAUAUGAAAAUGGUAACACCUAGAGGUGUAAUAGAGAAAAGCUCCCAAGGACCUCGUAUGUCAACAGGCCCUGAUAUCCAUCACUUCAUCAUGGGAUCUGAAGGAACUCUUGGUGUAAUAACAGAAGCUACAAUAAAAAUCAGACCAACCCCUGAAUACCAAAAAUAUGGCUCGGUAGCUUUCCCUAAUUUUGAACAAGGAGUAGCCUGUUUAAGAGAAAUUGCAAAGCAGAGAUGUGCUCCAGCAUCUAUCCGCCUCAUGGAUAACCAGCAGUUUCAGUUUGGUCAUGCUCUUAAACCUCAGGUCUCCUCUGUUUUUACAUCAUUUUUGGAUGGAUUAAAAAAGUUUUAUAUUACAAAGUUUAAAGGAUUUGAUCCAAAUCAACUAAGUGUAGCCACGUUACUGUUCGAGGGGGACCGCGAGAAGGUUCUUCAGCAUGAAAAACAAGUAUAUGACAUUGCUGCAAAAUUUGGUGGUCUGGCAGCUGGAGAAGAUAACGGACAGAGGGGUUAUUUGCUGACUUAUGUCAUUGCAUACAUACGUGAUUUGGGUUUGGAAUACUAUAUAGUAGGAGAAUCUUUUGAGACUUCUGCUCCUUGGGACAGGGUUAUAGAUCUGUGCAGAAAUGUAAAAGAGAGGAUAAGAAGGGAAUGCAAAGAAAAGGGAGUUCAGUUUGCACCUCUUUCCACAUGCAGGGUGACGCAGACGUACGAUGCAGGUGCAUGUAUCUACUUCUAUUUUGCCUUUAACUACAGGGGGAUUAGUGACCCACUGACUGUGUUUGAGCAAACUGAGGCGGCUGCUAGAGAUGAAAUCCUUGCCAAUGGAGGGAGCCUGUCACAUCACCAUGGAGUGGGCAAGUUACGAAAGCAGUGGCUGAAAGAGAGCAUCUCUGACGUCGGCUUUGGGAUGCUGAAGUCUGUCAAGGAAUAUGUGGACCCCAGUAACAUCUUUGGAAACAGAAACCUUUUGUAACUCCAUGGAUAUCAUUAUGAAAAUGGUACCUUUUAAAAGUCAUCAGCUCUGGUUAUUCCAGUAAUCAAAUACGUCAUGGACUGUAUUUCAGCUAUGUUUGUUUGUUGGUUUCAAAUAAGUUGGUUUUCAUUCUGUGCUUUGUUUGUACAUCUGUAGAUUGACAGAUGGUGUUCCUAGGUCUCUCUCGUUGUAGGUAUACCAGCUUAUAGCCAGCUAACUGGUUGUCAUUUCGGAUUUCAGUCAGGCGGCACGAGGCUGCCCGUUAUCUGAAGAAGAUGCUGCCUGCUGUUUUCCGUGCUCCUCUAGGUGAGCUGAGGCAGGUGGUGUCAUCUGCUGCUCAUCUAGCCUCUCCUCUGUCGUGUCCUUUCUUAACAACAUUUCUCUAAGGCAGAUAUCUAGCAAAUUCUGCUGGGGAGAGAGAUUGUGUGUGUCGUGAAAGCGUCCUUUCCCGGGAGUAGGCUGUUGAGGGAGGACACUGAGGACAGCCAGCAGUCUGUUACUAGCAUGCCUUCAUCUGUAUAAGGUGCUCAGCCUCAGCUUUGCUUGAAGUGAAUACACAGUUACAAACUUCAGUUGCCAACAUACACGUUACUUUGUGAGCAGACACAGUUUUGUCCUCCGUGUCUGUUUCUAGUGGGGUGUGAGUGGUGUUUGUGUCGCUGAGGGUAACCUGUUGUUGUGUCCUACAUCAUCUAUAACAUGCUUCGUAAGAACGGCUGCCUUACUCCACAUGACGGGCAGGUUUUCCAUGAAGCGGAGGCCAUUGUCCCCGCUCCAGUCCUCACGUUUCUGCUGUCAGAGCCUGUUGCCAGGCUGCACAAGCAGCUGCAGCGUGAACAAAAGGAAGGCUCCCGACCUGCUCUCUCCAGGGAAAGAGUUAUUUGGCUAAAGAACGGUCGUCAGUGGACCCUUGGAUUUGAAAGUCUCUAUAAUUUCAAUGACAACCAUCUUUUUUUCUAAUUAGCCACAAAUAGCCUGAUAAAUUUUCAUGGAAAAAUAGUUUCAAUUCAGUUCUUAAUAAUGGUUUAAUGCCUUUUUGAAUUACUGGUUUAACCUAAAUUUUAAAAAUGUAUUACUGCAUAUGCCAUAAUCACAAGUUUGAAAUAUCCUAUUUCUUAAAUAAAAAGGAAAAUAUUAAUCACAUUUAGCAGACAUUUUUACAUUCAAAACUGGAUCUUGAAAUAAGUGGAACAAUUGCUUUAAAUCACUGUUGAGGUUCCUGAUUCACAUUGUGAGAUGGGUUCUUUUCUUAAUGCAAUACCUAACUUUUGAUAAUUUUUUUAAAUAUUUAAUCAGAUAAUGUAAGUCAAAAUGCAGACGAUCCUUUAAAAGGACACACUGUCUGUCUAUGUAGCAACGGCUCCAAAUACGUUGGGGUAGUUUGAUACCUUUUAUAUCUGAAGUAGCCUUAAACAGAACAGUGAAAAUUUAAAAUUGACAAAAUGAUAUUUUUAAAACUUCAAAAUGAUAAAUAAUUUUUAACUAUUAAAAUUGGCCUCAAACUAACAAAUUUAAAUCUGUAGGAAAAAAUCAGUAUUAAGUAUUAGUUUAACAACAAAAACUCAAUAUUUAUUUUUUGGAAGCUGCCUCUUUAUUGAUGAUUUAUUUUCCAUUAUAAAAUUUCCAUAUCUUUGAUUAAAUAUUUUGAUGAUUUGAAAUAGCUGGACACUUGAGGAAAUCACCUCUGAAUUAUAAGAUUCUUUAUAAAAUGCAUCUCGUCAUGAGGUUGAUUCUCUAGUUGGUGAUUGAAAUGUAACAUUUAGUAAGAUUCCAACAGCUCACUGGAAGUGUAUACAUGUUUCCAAGUAAUUAUUUUUAAUAAAUGGUUUUAUUAGCAGAUCCAAUUCCUUGCAUGUGAUUGUUGAAACCUUUUUCCCAAGGAGUUCAGAUUCCACAGCCUGGGCAGUCUGUACUGUGAGUGGUUGUCACCUGAAGUUGUCGGCCUGCUGCUAUCUGAUAUGAGUUUUAUGGAGAUUAGCAGUUCGUGUCUUUGUUUCUCUCCUCCUCUGUAUGAAGGCCUCACCAACCUUGUUUCCAUAAUGGUUACUACACUUUGUAUUUGAAGUAAUUUCAACAGAGAUCAUUUUGAAACACAAAAGCAUUCAUUAGUACUGUUUCACUAGGGCUGUCAAUCAGGAAGUCUCCCCACCCACUUCUGGGAGGAGCCUCAGUGUAGGCUGUCUGUGGAGGAACAUGAGGUCAUGAAUAUGCACAAAGCACUUAAACCUUGCCUCUUUCAGAAGUGUCUGCACGUGGCUUCAUGAAACUAAACCAGGAGAAUAUUGUUAUCUGAAGCAUCUUAACUCAUAGAUUAGUUUUUUUUUAAAGCUGUAGCUUGUUUGAUAUUCAGAAGCACCUAACAUUGACUCAUACUUCUUAGGUUGGUCAUAUGUGUAAAACUUUGCUUAAAUCUGAUGAUGUCACAUGUAGGCUGGGGUUUUAGUGGGAAUGGGAACUUGCUGCUAGUGAGAUUGAAAUACUAAGGACUCAAGUGGACAGGCUUUAUUGUCCUUGGAGAAACUGUUGCCUUAAUGUGAUGUAUAGUGGUGCAUAAGUGAAUUGAAUCUCAUGCUAUGUUCCUUGAGCCUCUUAGCUGGAUUGUGAAGGCCACAUGUUUCUUGUGUCCAGCAUUUCAUCAAAGAAUACAGGAUUAAACCCUGCUUUUUUUUAGGAAUGGGAGGUUGGUACUCGAAAUGCUUACAUAUUACAGAUUAUUUAUGAAUCUGGAAGCCUUCUAGUUUUCAUAUUUGUAUUCUUAGUUUAUUUUGGGAAAACAAAAGCUCAAUAAAAGACAAGCUUCCAUCAGUGUGUAUAUCAGAUAUAAACACGUGCAAGAACCCUCCCUUUUCCCCCUCCAGAAUACUGUAACCGAGUCCUAGUUUGCAUAUUUGAAAAAGCUUUUCUGCAUGUUGAUCCCAGAGAUUUUUCCUUUGUUGUAUUCUUUCCUACCAGCAGCUUCUUCUAACUGUAGCCGACCAGAGCUCCCAAGUCCUGACUUAGGAAGUGUGUUGCUCCAGAUGGAGCUGGGGUUGGUGUCACUGUCGGAACACAGUGAUGUCACCAUGCGGGGCAGCCACAGACGCUGCCUGUGGAAGGUGUGUCUCCAGUUCAGGGAGUGCUGAGACAGACACAGCGAUGAAUAGCUUUAGUAAUUUUGAGGGCGUUCCCCUCACUUACCUUCAGUGAUUUUGAUUUUCCCCGAGCUCCGCUUGUGACAGGGAGCACAGCAGAAGCAGGUCAGGGCUGCAGAGUCUGAGUUUCCGCCUUUGCCUUUGUGCGUUGUGGAGGCUCGGCUCGGCGCAGGGCUUUAUGUUCCAGUAGGAGCCAUCUGCCUGCAGAUCCGUUUUCAUUCUUUCUCUUCACUGAAAAAAGAAAAUCACUUCUACAACGAGAGGGAAAUCCAGACAGUAUACAGGUUUUCUUCAACUGUUGAAGUAUGUGUCUGACAUGAAGGAUGUAACCUAGCUUUCUGUUCCUUAAACCAAAUAGUGUUCGUCUUCAGUGUGAAGCUUAACUGUAAAAACUGCUUGUAUAAUGUCAAGAGAUUAUAGAAACAUUAUUAAUAAAAUGGACACGGCCUAUGGUUUUUUUAAAUCAAAA